GCGCUCUACGCGGAAGUGACUGCGGAAGGAUCGCUUGCUUCCUGAAAAGUACCGGGGUCUGAAGCUACUCUUUCUCUUUUGUAUUAUUAUAACUUUAACGAGGCGUUCAAACAUGUCGAAGAAUACGGUUUCGGACCGCUUUAGAAGGGUUGACGUUGACGAGUAUGACGAGAACAAGUUUGUGGAUGAAGAGGAAAAAGGCGGAGAGAAUCAACUGGGUCCAGACGAGGCCGAGGUCGACUCCCUCAUCAGACAAGGGAAACUGAUGGACGCGCUCCAGGCCGUGCUAAAGAACCCACCUAUCAACACCAAGAACCAGAACGUCAAGGACCGGGCCGAGGGUCUGGUACUGAAAGUCCUCACUGCCUUUAAGACGAGCGAAAUCGAGAAAGCGGUCCAGUCUCUGGAUAAGACUAAAGUGGACCUGCUUAUGAAGUACAUCUAUAAAGGGUUUGAACGACCAUCAGAGAACAGCAGUGCGGUGCUGCUCCAGUGGCACGAGAAGGCACUUACCGUAGGUGGUGUGGGCUCCAUCGUGCGAGUGCUCACAGCUAGAAAAACCGUCUAACUCUCUCCAUCAGGACGCCUUGGCAGCGCUGGCACAGGGAUUGGCUGGCCCAAGCUCAGCGCCAGGCUCAUCAUUACACUGUGGAGGACGUCAGCCUCUCUCUCUCUCCUUUUUUUUUCACCUCUAUGAUUUUUUUUUUUCUAUUCUCGUUACAUUGCUCGCAUUCUGGGUUUUGUCCAGAGACGGCAAAUCACAGCAGCUCAGAUCUGUACAUCACCCGAACAGCAGCAUUCCUUUUAAGCGGAUUUGCAGAUCUGAUCUCUGUUCUUUACAUGUUUACAAAAGCAGAUGUUCCCCUAUCUCCAUCUGCUCCACCUCUUUCACCCCAACGAACUGUUAAAAUAGCUUCAACUGACUUAAGGUAUACAUGUACUUCCAGUAGAUUGUUAUAUACCGGAAGGUGCGAGUGUUACAGGUAUGACUGUAGACUGUUGUCCUGUACGUUUUGCCACGUGUGAUGAAAUAUCAUACAGUCUUUCACCCCACAAACAGCUACCUUGUGCUAAUCAGCUGGCUUAAGGGCACGAACAGCGAUCACUUGCGCUUAUGAAAUCUGCAGGGCUCGAAUUAAUCAGGUGCUUUGGCGCUAACGCGUGUCAGUAAAUGACUUUAAAAGUAAUUCAUCACGGUACAAAAUUCCUGUCGGCCAUAACGCUUAGCAUAUUUCCAUGAUUAGAAGUCCCACUGGAUUGUAAGAGAUAUCUGUUUAGACUCUGUGUCCGUUUUUUCAACACAACACUGAUAUGUGCUCGGCUGAUAUCAACGCAGCUUACCUGUCUUACAAACUACGCCUGUAUCUGUCAACUUCAAGAUUUCACCAAAAUAAAGAUGACGAUGUUUGGUUAUAACUAGCGGUGGAACGGUACACUGGUUAAAAAUAGGUACACGAUUAUGAGUUAUGAGGUACUGGUUUGGAUCCUUAUGUUUUCCAGUGGGAAUGUACUUCUUUGAAAUCUGCAAGUUUUAAAACAUUUCAGAAAAAGCCUAGAGAAUUUUUGUGUCUCUGUAUUUUUUUUUUUUUUUUUUUACUAAUAAACUGCUAGAUGCUGAGAAGGAUAAAUGUGGAACGGUUUUAACUGAACAGUCAGACUGUCACUGCAGUGUCAGUAACCACUGAGUUUACGCAACGUGAUGCAAUAUUGAAAUUUAUCGCUAUGGCAGCAACUGUGGUGGUUCAGUCAGCUCUUCUUGACGCUAUGUGUAAUUAGUGUAUUCAGAGUCUAUUCUUACAAACUGGACAUCACAGGGAAAAAAUUUCAUCCUACUGUCUUGUUUCCAAAGUCUCUACACCUUCACGUUGUCCGUAUAGUACUUAACCGCCACACAGCUAUAACACCUAGCAGCAUAUAUUGCCCUGCUGCCUAACAACCAUUUUGAAAGCACAAGUUCUACUUAUUAAAAGUUAACGAUAAUCUUUUUUUUUUUCCUUCUUCUUUUUUUUUUUCCAAUACCGUUCCAACUCUGAGUUAUAGCCAAACACGUUGGCUUUAUUUUAUUACUGACAGUCUGGUCCUGAAUGUUGCUGUUUUAGGAUCAGCUUUUUAUAAACUUUACAUUUUGUUUAUCAGGACAGGACAAGCCAAAGACUGAUCCAGCAUCAGCAACAAAUAAAAUCUGUUGCGUGUCAUAUUCAAACUUGUUUAUGUAUAUCUUGUAUAUCACAUAUAAAGGCAUUAGUUGGGGCUAGCCUCGACUCACAAUCUGCCGUUUCAUUUCAGAGAAGCUAAACGCAAAUAACGCAAGAGAGGGUGUGCGAACAAUCCCUCAAGUACUGCACUAGUAUUACUGGAACUAAACAUUUCCAGUCAGUGUGUGUGUGUGUAUUUAGGGAAUGCUUUUAGCAUAGCCUUUGUGUAAUCCAUCAAAGAAGCCAUAUGUGAUGAACAGACUGACAUGGCCAUGUUUGAGAAGUUCUAGUUGUGCAUAUCACUCAUUUGAUCAAAAGUGCAAAUAAAAUGUACCAGUGUACUGCCUUAUGAAUGAUUCCUUUUAUAAUGUGUUAUCCAUUUGGAAGCAAUAAAAUUGUAUUAAUUGAAAACUG